AAACAUUUCAAAAGUUUUAAGAAUGUUCAAAAAUUCGAUUCAAAUUUGUAGGCUUUGCACGAAUGCGGCUGAUUCUCCGUUAACUUUGUACAAAUACUUGAUAAAAGAGUGCCGUAAAUUACCAAAAGGACCGAGAGAACACUAUCAAUUUAUGAUUAAACAGAGCUUUAAGCAGCAUGUUAACGAACAGGAUCCGCUGAGAAUAAAGCAAAUUAUAAAAAGAGCAUACGAAGACGCAGAUUGGAUUACCAAGAAGUAUCUUAGCAAGUGACCAUGUUUCCUGUACCUCUAGUAACAAGUAGUGAAUGCUUCACGCCUUCCUUAUUUUGGGAAGUAGUUCAAUUGUACCAUAAUCGACCGUUCCUAGCCAAUAAACUCAUCACGGCCGUUACAAAAGUUCUGUUUUACAGAACAUCAAGUUCGCACAGUAAUUUAAUCGAGCUCUUUUCUCCUGCUGCAGUAUUGUACGAAAAAAGGAGACUCAAAAGUCUCUCUAAGGAAUCCAUUAGUGUAGAUUUCAUUAAAAGUUUCAUCGAACCUUUCGAUAAAAAUGUACUACUCACGGAAUCGAACGAAGAAGAGUUUAAUACGGAUUUAUCCAAUACAUUUAUCAGUGUACAAUUAUUAAUGUCUCGAAGAAACACCGAUCAUGUAGUGCUAGAAAUCGCUAUAUUCGACAAAGAUAAGAACUCCGCUGUAUUUAUAGGAGUGUACGAGGAAAAAGAAGAAACACUAACGCCCAGAUUUCCAUACCAGUUCCACUGCAGCGGCAGGACUUUCAAGAUUAACCUACUGAAUUUCGAAGAUGCUGACAGCCCGCAAGCCGAAUGGUUAGCCGAUGUUCUCUUCCCGAAACUCGUCAAAUGGUCCGAAUGCGAAGCAGAAAAGAAGAGUCCCAUAACAACGUUAUCUCUAGUACCAGCCGAUACGUUCAGUGUCAUUUACAGCCGGUUGAAGAAGACCUACGUUGCUGAUUUGUUGAAGGAUUGGUCGGCGAAAACCAGUACCGAUCCGCAGAAGUACAUCUUCGAGGACUUAGCCAUAGCCAGCUAUUUAAUAUGCAUCUGGCAGGAAUAUAAUAAAGAGGACAUUUAUUUCGUCGAUUGCGGCUGCGGCAACGGUUUAUUAGUCUACGUGCUCGUUCGAGAGGGCUACAAAGGCCGAGGGAUCGACAUAAGGAAGCGCCCCGUGUGGGAUAUAUACCGAAAUUUCACCAACGAAUUAGAGGUGGGAACCGUAAGGCCCGAAUCGAGCUAUCCCGAAGCCACGUGGCUGAUCGGCAACCACUCGGACGAGCUGACGCCCUGGAUACCGGUGAUGGCUCUGAGGAGCUCGUCGAGGACGAAUUUCUUCGUUCUUCCCUGCUGCCCGUUCGAUUUCGACGGUAGGAAGUACGUGAGGCGGGACACUUCGGUGAGCUCCUACACCGACUAUCUGAAUUACGUGAAAUCGGUGUGCGAUCGAUGCAAUUUUACCACGAAAAUGGACAAAUUGAGGAUACCGUCGACUAAGAAGAUAUGCUUGAUCGGAGUGAACAACAACGGGGAGGAUGAGAUUAAAGUUACGUUGAGGGACGUGGAAGGGUUCGUUGAGAGUAAGAUGAGCGGGGAGUUUAGGCCUCGAUCGGCGGUGGAGCCGGUGCGGAAUUGCACGCAAAUAAACCGGAAUAUCGUAGAUAAGCUGAUACAUUUCUCGGUUAAAUUGCUGACGGAAAGCGAGGAUUUUAUCGAGAAAAGCGACGGUGGUCGUUGGAACAAAGGAUCUACUAUUUCCAUACUGGAUGUAUCGAUGAAGGUCGACAAAGGGGAUUUGAGGGAAUUGAAAAGCCAAUGCGGCGGGCUGCAAACGCUAUUCAGGAAUUUUCGGUAUAUUUUCGAAACGAGCGGCGGAAACGUGCGGUUAAGAAUACCUCCUACUAUUCACGUUACGAAAGGAAAGUACAAAAAUAAACCUUGUUGGUUUCAGAAGAACCAUCCCGAUGGGUGUUUUAACGCUGAUAAGGAUUGUAGUUAUUUACAUGAAUAAAUAAAUUGUUAAGAAUCACGAA